ACAGUCCGGUCAGUGUGCAAUGUCGGUGCGGUCGUCGGUGAGGUCGUUCGGCCAGUCGUUCAAGUUCACGUCGGCGGAUCGUCGGUCGGACCGAAUCAACCAGCGAUGUGUGGCAUACUUUGUAUCUUUCGUUGCCUUUCGGCAGUCGCGAACGGUGAGACCGGGCACGGCGGUGGAGCCCUAGCCCUACGGGAACUGGCUUUCCGGCAGUCGAGCUCGCAGCGGCAUCGAGGACCGGACUACACCGGAGUUCUUGCCGACGAUGUCGCCGGAUUUGCGCUGGUCCAGGAACGCCUGUCGGUGAUCGGCGUGAAGACCGGUAAUCAACCGUUCACGUCGACCGACGGUACGGUGCAUCUGGUGGCCAACGGGGAGAUCUACAACUUCCGCCGGAUGGCCGGCAUGAUCGGUGAGGCGUACGAACCGCGCAGUGACUGUGAUGUCCUGGUGGCGUUCUACGAGCGGUACGGCCCGACCGAUCUACUAACCACCGUCCGCGGGAUGUUUGCGUUCGUGUGCUACGAUCAGAAAACUGGCCACCUGCUGGUGGCUCGCGAUCCCGUCGGUAUCAUCCCACUGUACAGUGGGCGCUCCGAGGACGGGGCCCUUUGGUUCGCGAGCGAAAUGAAGUGUCUGGUGGGUCGGUGCCGUCAGGUGGCCGUGUUUCCGCCAGGGCAUGCCUACUACGGUCCACCGGAAGCCUCGUUUGAUCCGCAGCCUUACUUCAGCCCACCGUGGCUUACGGAGAUCCCGACGAUGGCAGCGGAUCUGGUCGAGUUGCGGAACCGCCUGGAAGCGGCCGUCGAAUCGCAUCUGCAGUGUGACGUCCCGAUGGGGGCACUACUGAGUGGUGGUCUCGAUUCGAGUCUUAUUGCCGCGAUCGCAGUCCGGUGCCUUCGUCGGCGCACAGGGGACCGCUCGGUGCGCCUGAAGACCUACAGCAUCGGGUUGCCCGGGGCGGGACCGGAUCUUCACUAUGCGCGGCUCGUAUCGGAGCACAUCGGUAGUGACCACACGGAGAUUCACUUCACGCUCGCCGAGGGCCUCGAUUACAUCCGCGAUGCGGUGUACCACUCGGAGACGUACGACGUGACGACGAUCCGUUGCAUCGUUCCGGUUAUGCUGCUGGCCCGCUACAUCCGUAGCGAAGGGCUCAAGAUGGUCCUGUCGGGUGAGGGAGCCGACGAGCUGUUCGGUGGCUAUCUCUACUUCCACCGGGCACCGGAUGCACCCGAGUUCCACCGCGAAACGGUACGGCGCGUCCGGGGACUCCAUCUGUCCGACUGUCUCCGGGCGAACAAGGGAUGUGCAGCCUGGGGCCUCGAGCUGCGGGUGCCGUUUCUCGACACCGACUUCCUGCAGUACGUGAUGUCGAUCCGUCCGGAAGAUCGCAUCCCCGGUGGCGGUCGGCCGGAGAAGUACAUCCUCCGGAAAGCAUUCGCCGACGGUGACUAUCUGCCGGCCGAGGUACUGUGGCGCCAGAAGGAGCAGUUUUCGGACGGAGUUGGCUACUCGUGGAUUGAUACCGUGUCGGAGUGGGCCGCCAGUCGGGUCAGUGAUCGGGACUUUGAACGGGCCGCGGAACGUUUCCCGGUGGCUACACCCAAAACGAAGGAAGCGUUCUACUAUCGGCAGCUCUUCGAGGAACGGUUCCCGGGCACGGCGUACGCCCAAACGGUACAACAGUGGACACCGCGGACGGACUGGGGUUGUGCUGAGGAUCCGUCGGGGCGCAAGCAGGACGUCCACCGGGGAGUGACAGUUGGGCAAGCCGAUUUUUCAGUAAAAUAAAGUUGACCAAUCAAUACACGA